GGAUCUCUCAGCCAAUCACGUCGCUCUGUGGGCGGGACUAACACGGACGUUUCCUCAUGUAUCAUCAUCAUCCUCCCAUGGACUGACUUGUUUGUUGUCGAGCAAGAUGGAGUUCCUUUUGGGAAACCCUUACAGUACCCCAGUGGGGCAUUGCAUUGAGAGAGCCACUGAUGGCUCUCUGCAAAAUGAAGACUGGACCCUUAACAUGGAAAUAUGUGACAUCAUCAAUGAAACAGAGGAUGGGCCAAAGGACGCCAUUAGAGCAGUGAAGAAGAGGCUGAAUGGCAACAGGAACUAUAGGGAAGUGAUGUUGGCUUUAACGGUCCUGGAGACGGGCGUGAAGAACUGCGGCCAUCGUUUUCAUGCUUUGGUCACUAGCAGGGACUUCGUUGAUGGCGUACUUGUUAAAAUCAUCUCCCCUAAAAACAACCCCCCCACAAUCGUUCAAGAUAAAGUACUCGCCCUGAUUCAGGCGUGGGCUGAUGCAUUCAGGAGCAGUCCAGACCUUACAGGCGUGGUCCAAGUCUAUGAGGAGCUAAAGAGGAAAGGCAUUGAGUUCCCCAUGUCAGAGCUGGAGACCCUGUCACCCAUACACACACCUCAGCGGUUGGCAUCUGCUCCAGAGGGCGACUCCACCUUACAUAAGUUCAGCGCCCCUCCUCAGCCCACGCCACAGGUUGUCCCACCAGCCUACAUCGCCCCUGAGGUUCCCAACAUCGUUGCCGCUGGAUCCAUCAAUCCUACACCCGAACAGAUUUGCCGGCUGCGCAGUGAGUUGGACAUUGUUCGUGGAAACACUAAGGUGAUGUCAGAGAUGUUGACUGAGAUGGUCCCGGGACAGGAGGAUGCCUCAGACUAUGAGUUACUACAGGAGCUGAACAGGACUUGUAGAGCCAUGCAGCAGAGGAUAGUGGAGCUCAUCUCCUGUGUUUCCAAUGAGGCAGUGACCGAGGAGCUGCUGCAUGCCAACGAUGACCUCAAUAACAUUUUCCUACGCUACGAUAGGUAUGAGAGGUUCAGGUCUGGGAGGUCCGCAACUCAGAGUGUCAACAAUGGGCUGAGACAGGUCCUGAGCGAGGCUACGGAAGACAACCUCAUCGACCUCGGCCCAGGCUCCCCGGCGGUUGUCAGCAACAUGCCGAGCGCAGCCCCAACCAGCUUGCCUCCCGCCUUGACAGCCCCCGCAGCAAGGCCCUCCUCCCCGGCCACCUUGGCCUCCCGCCUGGCUGGCCUUGACGUUGGUGCUGACAGCGUGAGCAGCACCUUGAGCUCUCUGUCUAGCUGUAAGCCUCCUACUGGCCAGGAUGACUUCGAUGUGUUUGCUCAGACCAGGACCGGAAGUCUGCCUGAACCACGCAACAACAGUACAGCAGAAGACAGCAACGCCUCUGAAAGCCUUCCUCCCACUCUGGAUGUCCAGCAGCCGACAGCAGCAGCGGGUGUCGGAGGCCAGUCCUCUGUCAUGGAUGACAUAGAGGAGUGGCUGUGUACUGAUGUGAAAGGGGAUGAAGGUGAAGAAGGUGUGACAAGUGAAGAGUUCGACAAGUUCCUCGAGGAGAGAGCCAAAGCUGCAGAGAUGGUCCCCAGCCUACCGUCGCCUCCGUCUGGCGAGCCGGGCGCAGCGCAGGGAACCCCGAGCCGCAAAAAGCCCGACAGGCCGGAGGACGCCUUGUUCGCCAUGUAGACCUUCCACCCUUUUGACCCCCGGCCUAAGACCCGACCAGCCGAGCAGCAUCACCCAAGGACGGACUGACCUGACACUAAAAACACAUCCACCUCCGUUGUGAUUCAACACUAUUCAGCUACACUACAGAGAUUUGUACAUUUGCUCUCCUUAUAAAAAAAGGGAAUUAUUCAUGCUCUCCGCUUAUUUCUCACGAGAAAGGGAAAACCAAAACGAAUGGCCUAUUUUGAUAUGACGAUGGAUCUCACCCAACAUGAUGCCCGGUGUCAGAGACUAUGAGGCUGCUUUCCUUCUUCUUUAUGUGGAAGAAUCUCCCCUCCGCCCGUUGUGGACUGCAGAGCUUCAUGUUGCAGCUAAUCCUAAAAAUAGAGAGUUUUAUAAAAGAGAGUCCUUGUCAUUAGUAGGAAAUCAAUUUCUUACCCCAAAGCCCUCAAAGCAUGCAACACCACCAAACUCGAUCAUUUAAGUUUUUACCAUUAAAGAAACCCCAACAGAAACGUUACGGUUGUUAUUUACAGAAAAUGCCCAUUACAGGCAGCAGCACCUACGGGGAUAUUGUUUCGGUGUUUGUAUCAGUCCUUUCGCGAGUCAGUCCAAGUUGUAAAUCUGUAAAUGACAAAUGUCAAGUUUAUUAGUCGUGUGUAUAUUUAUGCUACAGAUGUAUGAAAGAGAUGUUGAUUUUUUUGAAAAGGGGUUUAUCUUCCAGCUGCUCUGACGACAGGGAUGUACCUCACUGGGGUCAGCUUUAUACACAAGAAAAGGGAAUAGCAUAUAUCUGAUAAUCUACAACUUUAAAAGGAAGAAGAAGAAGAAGGGAAUGUAGUUUUUGUGAUUGGCAUAAUUGCGCACUGCACCAACAAACGUGUCCUCUAAAUCACAUGUUGUAGAUUUCUCUUUGACAAACCGCAGUUGUUGGUAUUGAGAUUAUUUUGCUGAGAUUUUAUUCUCCUAAAGCUGCUGUCUGAAUAUUUUGCCGGUAAUUCCAUCUGCUGAAAAAAUGCUGUUUAAUUAUUCUCGUUUAUGUAAUCAUGUUUUUACUGAACGCAUACUUUGUGUCAUGAAUUUAUGAGUUCAAAGGGAGUGGUAAAUGUUAUUUUGAACAGAAUCCCAGUCAGAGUUGGUCUUAGCUGGUACCUGAAGAGACACACAUGCUGUCAUUGGUGAGGCUUUAACUCCUUUGUGAGUAGGUUGUGCUGUAUGAUUUCUGUUCUGAAAUUGAGUUUAGAGGACCAAAAACUGCGCUUUCUUCUGGAUAUGGAAGGGAAAUUCUUGGAUAAUUGGCUUGUCUUUACAUAACCCGGUCCCGUCUUUGACUCCGAACUCACAUCUCAAUAUCCGGGGAUGUAAUGAGAAUUCAAUAUCGCACUACGAAAGCUGUUUGUAGAUUAUAUUUGUGCAUUUAUUUCUUUUACGCUGACAUCUUAAAAGGCCUGACCUUUUCACCGUGACAUUUUGUUUUCAAGAAAAUGAGCCGGCUGCAGACACACAGCGCUACAAAUGAGACAUUUUCCCUUUUUUUUGACAAUAACAAAUGCAAACAUGUUACACAAUCGCAACAAGCUUAAAACAAGCGAGCACUUUGACAGGCGCAUUACCUUUCAACCUGUACAGUAAAUCAGCUAACCAGAUGUAAUUAAUGAGAACGGUUUGGGAAAUAUUUGAGCAAGAAGUGUAGAAAUAAUUUAUUCAGCACUAUUUUUUUUUUUUCUUCUUCAGAUCAGUAUUUUAAAUAGUUUUAUUGUGCAAAAAGAAAAACGUUAAGGGACAGAAUGAGAAAUUGUCAUAACGGCAUGUGUUUUAGUGUUUCUGUUAAUGGAGUUCAGAUUUUCCUUUUUAUACAUUGCUGCUGGCUAAUGUAUCUUUAUUUGUCAUGGUUAUGUUUAUUGGUUUUGUGGAUAUUCUCGUUGGUUGAUCGUGUCCACACAGUAAAAAAUAUGGACAUAUAUUUAAGGGCAGUCCAUCACUGAUUCAUAGCUGUAAGAGAAUCACACCAGUUCUCCCAUUUAAUCUCAUGAAGGAUACAUAUUUUUUAAUAGUUUCACUCUGACUGACAAAGACAGACACGAUUAACUUACUUUGGACACUUUCGACAAAGCACCAACAUUGCACAUCUUGAAAGGGUAACCUCCUUUCUCCUUCCGUUUCCUUGUUUUAGUGUUCGGCGUGUGUGUUCUGUAACGCAGAAAACGUUUUAUCUCAGUUGAUUGAAAAAAAAAAAAAAAAAGAAAAAGAAGCCUCCAGAUGUGUGUUUUAAAAGAAUACAUGUUGUUACUAUCCUGUUUGAUACCGCCCAGGAUCAACCUGGUUUAUAUCAGUGUGUUGCUCCGUCAGUGAUUUGUAACUGAAUCUCAGCGUAUACCCGAGACCUUUGCCAGAGUCAUCUCAGACCUGUUCUGCAGAGGAACAAUACGUUUCUUUGUGUGUCGCUGGAUGAUAUGAAAAGAGAUGCUGAUAAGGGAGGCUGUGCUGUGUGACUGCUACUUUCCUCAGUUGCCUCAUUCUCUCAUUUCUCUUUGUGUUGUUUGACUUAUGCAUGAACUCUAAUAAAACAUUAGCAGUGUGUCCGCA